AUGGGAAAUGUUGUGUCGAAGAAGAAAUCUACACGUGAUGUAUUAAAAAAUCUUGACAAAAUGAUUAUUAAAUUUGAGAAUAACAAGAAAUCGAUUGUUAAAUCCCAGUCCACUGCAAAUUGUUUAACUUUUUAUGUAUUUUUCAUUUUACUAACCUUGUCUUUGAUAUAUGCUUUUUGUGACGAACAAAGUUUAGUUUUAUUUGCAAUCUUUCCAAUUAUUUCAGUAUGUCUUUUAAAAUUUGCUUUAUCUGUUUUUUACAAUUGGCGUUUAGAAAAUAUUUUACUGAAAUUAGAAGAUUUGAGAGAGCAGCAAAAAGAAUAUAUUAAAAUUCUUAAAGAAGAGGAUGAUUAUAAAGCUACAAUGGAAUUACUAGAAAAAUAUGAGGGAAGUACUUUACGCAAUACGUCAUUCAGCAGAUUGUCACAAAAGAAACCCAAUGUAAUUGAAAAAGUAGCUGACAUUGUUUUGGGGGAUGACCCAACAAAAAUGUAUGCAUUGAUUUGCGCUCACUGUCAUUAUCAUAAUGGAAUGGUACAUCCUGAGGAUAGGAUGACAGAAUAUAUUUGUUAUAAUUGUGGAACUAAAAACAAGAGAACUUUUUCUUCAAACAAAGAGUUGUAA